AUGUCGCUCUUCGGAUCCUCGCCUCCCGAGGAGCAUAACGAGCCGUCCACGCCGACCCGUCAAAGUCCAGGAUCGCGACGCCGCGGCGGCGGGCUCUUCGACGAGUCGCCCUCACACAAGGUGGCCUCCAACAGUCUGUUCGACGACGGCCAAAGCGCCGGCGACGAUUCCUCGCCCUGGGACAUGCCCACGCCCCGUGGGCAAAAAACUCGCGCCGACAUGGUCCGAAACUUGCUGCCCGCGUCCGACGUUCCCGACAGCUACAUCGCCGCCUUUGACGUCGUUGUUCGCGAUCAUGGCUUCUCCGGCCGCGCAACGGCUGCCGGCAUUGCCAACUUGUUCGCCAAUGCUCGUCUUGGUCCCGAGGCCCAGACGCGCAUCAUGUCCCUUGUCGCACCGGGAGACGGCUCCGAUGUGUCGCUUGGGCGGAACGAGUUCAACGUGCUGCUAGCCUUGGUCGGCUUGGCUCAGGAGGGAGACAUUAUCAGCCUCGACGGUGUGGAUGAGAGACGACGAAACCUGCCGCAACCCAAGCUCCCUGGCCUCACCGCCGAGCCAGUGCUGCCACCCGUUGCCGAGCUCGCCGCGAAGCCGCCACAGACGCCGAACGAGAGCCUGGGCCAAGGCGAGGUCCGCCCAGCGCUGAAUCAAGAGGGUGAAGCCAGUCGCCAGCGUCGAGCAUUGGUGCAGGUGCAGGCAGACACACCGCCGCAGCCCAAAGGCCUUCGCCCAGCCAUGGAUGAUCCAGAGGACGACCCGUGGAAUACUCCCGAGGUUCACAAGGGCCAUGACCACUCCAAGCUCAAUGGCAGCAGCAGCCAUGCAAUUGUCAACGGGCAAUCCAGCUUCGACCCGUCGUCGCCAGCCACAACUAUCGCGGACCAGAGCUUGAGCCAAUAUGCCUCUGCAGAACCAAUAUCCUCUUCGGUACACGGCAACAGAUCAGGAAAUGACGCCGUCCAGGGCCAAGGUGGCUGGGGUUUCUAUGGGGGCUCCAAUGCCUCGAGAAGCGGUGGAGGCUUCGCUGACAACUCGCACAGCAUCACGCCGAGCGCGUCGAACACUUCGCAUUCCUUUGGAGGAGACGGCGGCGGCAUAGACCGCUCUCCCGGGCGUGAACCGCCUGCAAACGCGAGUCGAGCCACGGCCGGACGCACGGGUUCCAGUGUCGAGGAGAACAUUGUCGUGACCCUGAUGCCCGGCAAGGAGGGCGUGUUUCUGUUCCAGCACCACAACUACGAGGUUGCCAGCCAACGUCGAGGAAGCAAGGUCAUCCGCAGGUACAGCGAUUUUGUUUGGCUUCUAGACUGUCUACACAAGCGCUAUCCUUUCAGGGUACUGCCUCUCUUACCACCCAAGAGAGUCGCUGUGAACGGCAACCACCUAUCCAACGACGGCGCCUUUAUAGAGAAACGGCGGCGAGGAUUAGCUAGGUUCUUGAAUGCUCUCGUUCGACAUCCAGUUCUGGGCCAGGAACAGCUGGUAGUUAUGUUCCUCACCGUCCCUACGGAGCUGGCUGUGUGGCGGAAGCAAGCCACCAUCUCCGUGCAGGACGAGUUUGCCGACCGUGCCUUGCCGCCUGGACUCGAGGACUCUCUCCCACCCACCCUGGAGGAGCUGUUCAGCCGCACCAAGUCGGGUGUCCGCCGCUCCGCGGAGCUGUACAUCAACGUUUGCAACAUCAUGGACCGGCUCGUGAAGAGGACCGAAGGCGUGGCGGCGGACCACGCCCGCGUCGCCAUGUCGCUCACUUCGCUUACGGAAACGUCGGCCGACACGUAUGCCACAGACACCAACGAGAUCCCGCUGCUCAACGACGGGCUGGUGGCAAUGAGCAAGCACCUCCGGACCUGCCAGACCCUGCUGGAGGACGAAAGUCGCGGCUGGGACGAAGGGGUGCUGGAGGACCUCAAGCGACAGAGAGACUCCCUCGUCAGCGUGCGCGAGCUGUUUGACCGCCGGGACAGGCUCGACAAGGACAACAUCCCGUACCUGGAGAGGAGGAUACAGGCCAACGAGACCAAGUUGGCUGCUCUGCGGGCCAAGCCGGAAGGCACGGUCAAGCCCGGCGAGAUUGAAAAGGUAGCCGAGGCCAUCAUCAAGGACAAGGAGUCGAUCGUGCAGCAGCACAAGCGGUCCGUUUUCGUAAAGGAGUGCAUCCGCGACGAGCUCGUCACGUUCCAGUCGACGCAGUACCACGUCAGCCGCUGGAACCAGGACUGGGCCGGCGAGCGGGUCAAGUACGCCGAGAUGCUGGCCGACAACUGGCGACGCCUGCUGGAUGAGCUGGAGGGCAUGCCUCUCGGGGAUUGA